AUGCGUUUCUUCAAGAGCGCCGUCGGCGCGCUUCUCGCCCUCCAGGCGGGAGUAGCCUACGCCUGCACCAAGACCAUCACCGGUACCAUCCUCAUCAUCGGUCGUGACGACUACGAUGUCUCCAACGGUGCCGCCGGCUUCAAGGCCUACGGCAUCAAGACUGAGGGCUUCGUCGUCCCCAAGGCUGGCGCCACCCUCCCCGCCCUCAACUCGACCAUCGAGCGCGGUAACUACGGCGGUAUCGUCGUUAUGGCCGAGGUUUCCUACGAGUACGAUGGCGGCAACUGGCACAGCGCCCUCACCGCCGACCAGUGGAAUGCCAUUUACCAGUACCAGAUCGACUUUGGCGUGAGGCUGGUCCGCCUCGACUCUUAUCCCACUCCCGAGUUCGGUACCACCGCCCUUGGUGGAUGCUGUGACACUGGUGUUGAGCAGAAGGUCGGCUUCAGCGACGUUUCCGAGUUCCCUACUGCCAACCUCAAGACUGGCGGUUGGGUCUCUACCACGGGUCUCUGGCACAGCCCUGCGUCCAUCUCCGAUGCCAGCAUCGCCACCGCUUUCGCCGAGUUCAGCCCCGCCGGUACCUUCACCUCCAACACUGUUGCUGCCGUCAUCAACAAGUACACCACCGGACGCCAGCAGAUGGUCUUCUUCACCAGCUGGGCCAGCGACUGGUCUCUCGCCUCCAACUAUCUCCAGCACUCCUUCAUCCACUGGAUCACCCGCGGUCUUUUCUCUGGCAAGCGCAAGACCUACCUCAACACCCAGGUCGAUGACGUUCACUUGGCCACUGGCAUCUACUAUCCCACCACCGUCGGUGAAUUCCGCCUCCGACCCGCGGAUCUGACUGCCAUCAAGACCUGGCAGGAGGGCCUCCAGACCCGUCUCCCCGCGGGUUCGCACUUCUUCAUGGAGCUCGCCCACAACGGUAACGGUGCCAUCAUCGAGGCCGUGGGCAAGUCCGGCAACACCUGCAACCCCAACGAGCCUGUCGACUACGACGAGAUUCCCGAUGUCCCCUACGACUGGAUCAAGCCCCUGGGCUCCGGCACCGAUAUGUGGCCUCCUUCGUUCACCACCACCUACCCGUGGAACGCUCAGUGCCCCAAGUCCGAUGACCUCCUCGCCUGGUUCCAGACCGCCUCCAACCGUGACGCCUUUGCCCAUCUUUCUCACACUUUCACCCACGAGGAGAUGAACAACGCCACGUACAACGAUGCCAACCGCGAGAUGAUUUACAACAUCCAGUGGCUCAAGGACACCGGAUUCUGGACCGCCGAGAGGUUCUCCCCGAAUGGUCUCGUUCCUCCCGCCAUCACUGGUCUCAACAAUGGUGAUGCCAUCCGCGCCUGGAUGGAGAACGGCAUCAAGUACGUCGUUGGUGACAACACUCGCCCUCCCCUGAGGAACUCCCAGAGCCAGUACUGGCCUCUCAUCACCAACUCUGCCGUUAACGGUCACGACGGUCUUGUUGUCGUCCCUCGCUGGGCUACUACCAUCUACUACAACUGCGACACCCCCGAGUGCACCUGGCAGGAGUGGCACGAUACCUCGGCCGGCACUGGCGACUUCAACACUCUUCUUGAUGAUGCCAGGCUCACCAACACCCGCUACCUCUUGGCUCUCCACCCCGAUCCCUACAUGUUCCACCAGGCUAACCUCCGCAACAUUGACCGCCCCGUCUUCACCAUUGGACCCGUCAGCGAGAAGCUCUCUCUUAUCCAGAUUUGGAUCGAGGCCAUCACCCAGGAGCUCACCAGCCUCACCAACUGGCCCAUCCAGUCUCUCAAGCACGAUGACAUUGCUCAGCUCUUCCUUGACCGCAUGACUCUUGAUCAAUGCGAGCCCAACGUCGAGUACAUCUACUCGCACGACACCAAGAAGAUCACCGGUGCCAACCUCAUUGCCUCGGGUAACUCUUGCGGCGUCAACGUUCCUCUCACCGUCCCCGGUGACGUCGUCACGUCCACCAGCGGUGUCUUCAAGGACCAGGUCGGCUCCGAGCCCAUCAUUGCCUGGGCUCCUCUCAGCGGCAGCCCUGUCAGCUUCACCCUCAACACCCCCGUCGAUGCCUAA